GUGUCCUGUUGCUGCGGUCCCGCCCUCACGAAUGGACUAUUUGGCUGACAGAAGAGGCUGCGGAGAUCAGGUGCCGAGCCCCGGGAAGCAGCGCAGGGUGCAGGAAAAUUGGAACACAGGGGCUCGCGCGCUACUCUUACAGCAUAGCAACGGUAAAACGGAGGUCCUGCUGCAGCCGGAGCCCGCUUCCGGGCGGGAGUGGAGUCCUGGGAGCCGUGGCCCGGGACUAAAGAGCGCAUCCUCACCGGGUAAGAGGGAGGAGGGGAGCUUGGCGGCUAUCACUUGCAGCGCCCGGGAGCCCGGGCUCCUGUCUGCCCUGCGUGGUGUUAAUGCAGCCAAGCUCUCCGGAUGAAAACGUUCAUUUAUUUUCUUCUCGGACUUUGUCCUAAAAAUGGACAAAACACACCACCUUCCACGAUAUUACUGUUUGCAUGACCCUACGGGCGUCUUGUUUCAUGACGUGUUUGAUGCUCCUGUUCUCAUAAUAUUUAAACGCAAAACUCUUAAUUUGCUUUCGUGUAGUUGGCCGAAAAUUCUUUUUUAAAAAAACUGUUUAUGUUAAAUAAGGCUCAUUAGCAUAUUAAAAUGGCCGUGCCCAAGGAUUUCAUCCCUUCCCUGUCGGAUUGCCAGUGCCAAAUCUGUAUGGAAAUUCUGAUCGAGCCUGUAACCCUGCCUUGUAAUCACACACUCUGUAAUCCGUGUUUCCAAUCGACCGUCGAGAAAGCAAAUUUAUCUUGUCCCUUUUGUCGCCGCCGGGUAUCCUCGUGGACUCGGUACCAUACCCGAAAAAAUUCUCUUAUCAAUAUGGAACUGUGGAAGAUAAUUCAAAAACACUACCCAAAGGAAUGCAAGCUUAGAGUUUCUGGGCAAGAAUCGGAGGAAAUCGAAACAGUUGAUGACUAUCAGCCAGUUCAUCUGUUAAGUAAACCUGGGGAAUUAAGAAGAGAAUAUGAAGAGGAGGUAAGCAAGAUGGAGGCAGAGCGACGAGCCAGUGAAGAAGAAGAAAACAAAGCCAGUGAAGAAUAUAUACAGAGAUUAUUGGCAGAGGAAGAAGAAGAGGAAAAAAGACAGUCCGAAAAAAGGCAAAGGGAGAUGGAAGAACAACUGAAAAGGGAUGAAGAGCUGGCAAGAAAGCUAAGCAUUAAUAUUAACAAUUUCCAUGAGGGAAGUAUCUUGGCUUCUUCCUUGAAUUCCAGAAAAUCUGAUCCAGUCACAGUCAAGUCUGAAAAGAAAAGUAAGAAUAAACAAAGAAACGCUGGAGAUAUUCAGAAGUAUUUGUCACCUAAAUCUCAAUUUGGGUCAGCAUCACAGUCUAAAGUUGUACAAGAAAUCAGGAAAAACUCCAUAUCUAAGGAAAUUGACAGUAGUGGUGAGAAAAGUCCGACAUGGCAAGACACAGAAGUUGAAGAAGAUAUGCCAACACUUUCCCCACAAAUAGGCCUUGAAAAUCAAGAACAAAAUGCAAAGUCUUCAAUGGAAUCACCUAUGCCAUGCUUGUGUGCCUAUAGUUCAGAGUGGUGCCUUGAAGGAAAAGUCGAAACAAGACCAAACAAUCAGGAUAAAGAGUUCUGUGUCUUAAAUCAUGAGGAACCGCAAACCAAAAUUCUCUACUCAAAAGAAGCUGCAGGUAAGCCUUGUGGCAAAACAGAGAGUGGGUGUGCUGUAUCAGGUAUGACACAGGUAAUUGGAAACAACACAGUCAAGACAGAAAAUGAAGAGUCUCAUCUGAUCAGUAUGGAUAUUUCCAAAAGAAAAAAUGAGGAAUCUUUGUUUAAAGCAGCUAAGGAUCCAUGCUUUUCUGGAAAAAGAAGAAAAAUGUUCCCCAGAGGUUCCUCUGACCAAGAGGAAACAGAAAUAAAUUUCACCCAAAAACUGAUAAAUUGGGAGCAUCUGCUUUUUGAAAGACGUAAACAAGAAGAACAAGACAGGUUAUUAGCAUUACAGCUUCAAAAAGAAGUAGAUAAAGAACAAAUGAGGCCAAACCGGCAGAAAGGAUCCCCUGAUGAAUAUCCAUUACGGUCUACACCCUCACCUUCAGACAAAUUGCUAAAUGGACAGAGGAAGAAUUCCAAAGAUAGGAGCUUCAAAAAACAAAGUGACACAGAGCAUUCAAAACCACGGAGAGGCUCAAAAGAUGAAAACUGGCAGCCUUCUUUUAAGAUCCAGUUGAGGCAUUCCAUUAAUGGGAGAAAGAGGCCAAGUUCUACUAGAAAUAAUAGUAAGAUACCUAAAAGUGCUCAUUCCCUACAGUCUCGUAAUUCACAGAAAAGUAUUUUUCAAAUGUUUCAGAAAUAUUCAAAGUAAUGCAUGAGUAAAGGGAGUGUUUUGUGAUCUAGUAAGGCCAGAUUGUAAAGCUCUCAUUCCUAUCAUAGACUAUUUAUAAAUUUGUCAUUAAUUCUGCUUUGUAGUCACACUCAUAUCUUUAAUUAAAGGACUAUGUGAUUAUCCGGGAAGAAUACACAAAUAUGUUUUUGUGGAGCUCAAUGAUGAGCAAGUGUCUCUCUAUCAUUCCAUUGUUAAUAACUGUGAUCACUAAGUUUUGCAGUCUUUAUGGAUGUGAAAAUGCCUUGGCCAACUCCAAGAAAUUUUCAAGUGCCAUUAUAUUUCCAAAAGUGCAUGUUUUAUGGCCUUUGCUAGCUUUUUUGUCAUGACUAGUAAUCAAAGCAAUGUUAGACUAUUCCAAGUAAUUAAGGAAUCCAUACAGAGUUUAAAGUGUAAGUUUUCUAACUAUUUUCCCAUCUCUGGAGUGUGUGAAAUGUAUCUUCUACAUCACUGAAAUAAUCUAAUUUCUAUCUCCAGUUUAAGAUUUAAGCAUUAUAGCAUGCCUUUUUUUUUUUUAAGACAGAGUCUCACUAUGUCACCCUCAGUAGAAUGCUGUGGCAUCACAGGUCACAGCGACCUCCAACUCUUGGGCUUAAGAGAUUCUCUUGCCUCAGCCUCCUAAGUAGCUGGGACUACAGGUGCCUGCCACAACACCUGGCUAUUUUUUUGUUGCGGUUGUUUAGCUGGCCUGGGCCGGGUUCGAACCUGCCAGCCUCGGUGUAUGUGGUUGGCGUAACCACUGUGCUAUGGGCACCAAGCCAUGUUUGUUGAUUUUUAAAUGGAUUAAGAUCAAUGUUAAAGCUGGGCCCAGUGGCUCAUGCCUGUAAUCCUAGCACUCUGGAAGGUGAGGUGGGUGGAUUGCCUGAGUUCGCAGGUUUGAGACCAGCCUGAGCAAGAUUGAGACCCUGUCUCUAAAAAAUAGCUGGGCAUUGUGGUAGCUGCCUACAGUUCCAGCUACUCAGAAGGCUAAGACUAGAGAAUUGCUUGAGCCCAAGAAUUUGAGGUUGCUGUGAGCUGAUGUCAUGGCACUCUUAACGAGGUGCCACAAAGUGAAACUCUGUCUCCAAAAAAAAAAAAAAAAAAAUCAAUGUUAAAUCAGAAAAUCAGUUUUCUAGAAAAUUUGGAAUUAGUCGACAGAAAGGAAAUUAGACUCUUACUCAUAAAAUGAGCUAAGAGUUGGGAUGAGGCUGGAUGGGAUAAAUUUGACAAUUUGGGAGAUUUGGAAUUGAAUGAGUCCAGAGUAAGCAGAAACUGGGUCUAGAAUGAAGUAGCAGGUUCAAUUCAGCAGAACAUUCUCCCUUGUCUAUUCUUUGCUAAAUCUCACAGAACAUUUUGAUUUUACAGCUUUUUACACUGGGGUAUCUGGUGUCAAAAUCAAAAUUAGUUACUAAAUUACCUGAAUUUUUGGAAAUUCAUAUUUCUGUUAAUCUGCUAUUUCAGAAAAAAUGGGAGUUUACUCUAGAACAAUUACGAUAAUCAUAAUAUCUCAUGUUGUAGAAUCUGAAACAUAACCAUGUGUUUAUUUUCUGAUCAUUUAUAUGGAUAUUGGCUUUUAUGUGUGUUUAUGGACAGAAAGAAUGACACUUGGGAUUUGCCCUUCUUACCCCUAAAAGUUAAAUCAGGAUAUUGAUUUCAUUUUGUGAAAUUUAACUUAGAGAUUAUUGUUGUUCUGUUUCAUUAAUAUAAACAAUUAUUAACAAACAGUAGUGGGGUUUCUUGUUGUUUGUUUGUUUUAGAGAGAGUCUGAUUGUAUCGCCCUCGGUAGAGUGCUGUGAUGUCACAGCUCACGGCAACCUCUAACUUCUGGGCUUAGGUGAUUCUCUCGCCUCAACCUCCCGAGUAGCUGGGACUAUAGGUGCCCGCCAUAAUGCCCAGCUGUUUUGUUGCAGUUUAGCCGGGGCCGGGUUUGAACCCGCCACCCUCAGUAUAUGGGGCCGGCACCCUACCCACUAAGCCAUAGCACCACCCAGUGAACAAUAGUUUUAACAGCUUUUCUGCUGAUGUCCAGUCCUUCAUUCUUUUAAUAUAAAAAUAUGAUAGAAUUAUCAAUAUUUUUAUGUCAUUAAGGUUUUUUCCCCCACAAAGUUUGUAAUUGAAAUUCUUUUAGUCUUUGCAUACUUGAUGGUAUCUAUGUCAAUAUUGAUUGGGUAAUUAUGGAUAGAAAUCUGAUGCUAAUUUAAAAUUUAGUCUGCCCCUUUUCAAAAAAAGUGAUUGCCUUCUGAGUAGUGAUUGUAAUGAAAUGACGUAUGGUUUAGAAACUAACCAAAUAUGUCUAAAAUGGACUAAAAUGUACCCUCUCACCAAACCAAUAUUUUUCUAAGAGCAAUAUCACUUUAUGUUAUGGGUUAGACAAUGUUGGAACUCCUUAAAUUAAAAGUCACCUAAUUAAAUCUUUGUGUUACAGUCCAUGACCAAAAUGUGGGGAAAAUAACCUAUAGUGUGAUGUAUUUAGGAUUUAUAUAUUUAACCACUUAUUUGUCUGUGAAGAAGUCUUCCUGACUAAAGUUGGUUUUAAGAUCAAUUUUAAUUUCUAUUUUAGUUUUUCUGCUAUUCCUACCAUGGAUGCCUUUUGUCAGAGACUAAUAAAUGUUUUGUGACAGUCAUUAGAAUGUACAAAUGUACUGCUGCUUCUUUUUGUGGAAAGGAUAUGAGAAUGUUUAAUUUCUUGAGGAUUGCUAAAGGUGUGCAGAAGUUGAGAAUCUGAAAAUUAAAAUGAUCGUUAAACAUAAAAAAAAAAAAAACUUACGUAUAUUUUACCAUAAUUUAAAAAUAAUCUUCGUAAAAAUUUAAAGUUCUGUGUAACACAAACUGCCAUCAAGGAAAGUUGAAGGACAUGACAAUCUGUGGGAAAAAUAGUUGCAAUUCAUGAUAGAACACUAAUUUCCUUUAUGUAAAGUGUAUGACAGUUCAUUAAUAAAGAAAGAAAAAAAGACCAACUCAGAAAAUGAGAAAAGUUGGCCAGGUGUAGUGCCUCAUGCCUGUAAUCCUAGCACUUUGGGAGUCCGAGGCAGGAGGAUUGCUCGAGCUCAGGAGUUUGAGACCAGCCUGAGUAAGAGUGAGACCUUGUUUCUACUAAAAAUGAAAAACUGAGGCAAGAGGAUCUCUUGAGCCCAAGAGUUUGAGGUUGCUGUGAACUAUGACACUCUGGUACUCUACCAAGGGCAACAAAAUGAGACUCAAGAAAAAAUUAAAAUUAAAAAAAAUUAUUUUUGAAAAUGAUGCCCAGAGAACUCCCAGCCCUGGCCUGGGGUCAGGAGACAGCCAGCAAGAGUAGGGGCCUUAGGGCAUGGGGCAGUGGUUCCAGUUGAAGCAGUCUCUGGCCCUUACCUGCUUCCCCAGUCCCAUGGCCUCCCCUGCUCCCACCUUGUGCGCUGUGCUCUUCUGUCCUGCACUCCGCUCACCUUUUGCUGCAGACACGAUUCCACCCUCACUUUCUUCCAUUUUCCCUUCUACUGCAGCUGCCUCUGGGCACGUUGCUAUAGAGCCUACUUGUAUGUCAAUAAACAACAGCUGAAGCAAAAAAAAAAAAAAAAA